GACUUGCGUUCGAGCUCGGAGCUCCUCCCUCUAUCCACUUGCAACGGUCGAGAGGAAGCGGAGGUCCAUAUCGCUCAUUCCCGCCCGUCCCGCAACCACCACCGCGGCCGCGGUGCCAUGGCAUCCGCCGCCGGCGCCGCCUUGUGCCCAUGCUCUUUCUCCACCGUACUCUCCUCCUCCCCCUCAACUCCCUUCCGUCCCGCAAGGACGACGCCUCGCCCUUCUCUCCGCCCGCUGCCGCGCCGCGCCAGGCUACCGCUGCGGCCGGGCCACUCGGUACUGAGGUGCCUCCCGAAAUGCGACUCGGGGAAGCCGGACGGAGGAGGAGAUGCUGGGUUAUCGGGUCGGAAGGCGGCCCGGCCAGCGGGUCAGGGAGGACCCAGGCGGCCCGCACAGUUCGGCGCGUCGUCGUGCGGACUCGCAUUCACGACGGUGGCGGGGGUGAUAAUGCUCCAGGCAUCGCAGCAGGCGCUUGCCGCCACGCAGUUCGCUGGCCUGCAGCCUGCGGACGUGCUGGGGGAUCUCGGGGACGUCAGUACAGGUUUUGCUUCAGCUUUCCUGUUGAUCUUCUUUUCUGAGCUAGGGGACAGAACGUUCUUCAUUGCGGCACUGUUAGCAGCUAGAAGUUCUGGAGCUGUCAUUUUUCUAGGCACAUUUGGAGCUCUUGCGGUAAUGACCAUUAUAUCUGUAGUUCUUGGUCGAGCAUUCCACUAUGUUGAUGGCAUCAUUCCGUUCAGCUUUGGUGGUACUGAUUUCCCAGUUGAUGACAUUGCUGCGGCAUGUCUCUUGGUUUAUUAUGGGGUUACUACAUUACUUGAUGCAGCCUCAGGUGAUGAUGAAAAGAUCAAUGAGGAGCAAGAGGAGGCUGAGUUAGCAGUAUCGAAAUUUUCUGGAAAUGGUGCGGGGGUCAUGUCUGCUGCUGGUACUAUUGCUAGCACAUUCGUAUUGGUUUUUGUUGCUGAAUGGGGUGAUAAAUCAUUUUUCUCCACAAUUGCACUAGCAGCAGCUUCAUCCCCUCUGGGUGUCAUUGCGGGAUCACUAGCUGGUCAUGCCAUUGCAACAUUGAUUGCAGUUCUUGGUGGCUCUUUGCUGGGAACAUUCCUGUCUGAAAAGAUUAUAGCAUACAUUGGAGGGAGCCUAUUCUUGGCCUUUGCUGCGAUUACCAUAGUUGAGAUAGUGACUUGAAAAGGGAGUUCCAGCUUCCACAAUUCAUAAAAAGUACUGAUCUUUUGUCAGGGCAAUGAAAAAUCAGCUUGAUCGUAAUGGUAGUACAUUGAUGUGUUACCGAACAUGAUUGUCCACAGGAACUUCAUUGUUCGUAUGGGACGUCCUAGGCUUGCGUAGAGUGUUUUGUUUCUGGUGAUGAGAAUUUCUGCUUCUUUAUCCAAGAACAAUGUUUUUGUCAUCAUCAUGAUUUGUAGUGGAAACACUGAUAGUCAGGUUGGUCGGAAGAUGGGACUGGGAGCAAAACUAUGAAUUCCAUGUAGCUUUUGAACUUCCUCUUACAUUAUUUACAAGUAUAUGAAUCAGCCUUUUCGUAUU